AUGUCUACAAAGAGAAGCAUUCAAUUGUGGCUGCUUUUGGCCUUUGCCUGGAUGGUGAUGAAGGAAACAGCAGCCCAGUCUUUUCAAUACUUCAAACAGCAGCAUGUAGACUACCCAAAGACACCAGCUCCAAAUAAUCAUAUCUAUUGUAGAAAUAUUAUGAAUGAUAGAUAUCAGACCUACAUACGUGAAAAUAUUUAUAUACAUGCCUCAGAUACUGAGCUUGAAGACAUCUGCAGACCAAGUGGACUUCCAGAGGAUGGUGAAUGGCAAAGCAUAACUCCACUUGCAUGCACCAUUUGUUCUGGUGUUGAUUCUGGGUUUUUCGGUAUAAGUGGCAAGCUGAAUAUUAUUCUUUAUUGUAAGGAUGGAGUCCCAACUGAUUACUCUAUCACC